UGAUGCUUGAGCUGGCUAAAUUAUCAUUGGCUCAAAAAACAAUAUACAAGCGCUUUAUAAAAUGGUGCGAAAUAAACAUCACCACAUUCGUGCCUUACCGCUCAAGGAGAUAACACGUACUUCAUAAUUGAUGAACGCCAACAUGACGGGUUUUAUCUUGCUGGUGCUGGGAAUAGGCCUUCUUCAUACAGCAUCUGCUGCCACCCACUCUCUGAAGAACUUUUACACAGCAGCCUCAGGUGAUAUUGGCUUCCCAGAGUUCACUGUGGUGGGUCUGGUAGACAAUACACCGUACAUCUACUUUGACAGCAACACCCAGACUGCAGUCCCCAAGACUGAGUGGAUGAAGAGAGAGGGAGCAGACUACUGGGACCGCAUGACUCAGAUUGGUAUUGGCGCCCAUCAAACCUUCAAAAACAACAUUCAAGUGGCAAAGGAUCGCUUCAACCAGUCUAAGUCCACAGGUACAUGUGCACACAGACAGAUAUACAAGCUGAGGAACAAGGAGAGGAUCUCAGUAUCUGCUGCCUCUAAGCUCCUUGCCAACAUGGUGGUCAACUACAGAGGGAUGGGUCUCUCCAUGGGCACAAUGAUAUGUGGCUGGGACAAGAAGGGUCCUGGGCUGUAUUACGUUGAUGACAAUGGCCUGAGACUGUGUGGAAACAUGUUCUCCACUGGGUCUGGUAACACCUACGCCUAUGGUGUGAUGGACAGCGGCUACCGAUAUGACCUCUCUGUUCCAGAAGCCUAUGAUUUGGCACAGAGGGCCAUCUUUCAUGCUACACACAGAGAUGCUUACUCUGGUGGAACAGUCAACAUGUAUCACAUGAGAGAGACUGGUUGGAUCAAAGUUUCUCAAGAGGAUGUUGGCGACCUGUACCACCGCUUUUACAGUGAGAAGAAGUGAAUCUGGCCCAUUCUAACUAUAUUCAUAGUCACAUCAAUAGCAUACAAUACAUCAUAAGCAUAGUCAAAUAAGUAUGUAAAAUAAUAAGUAUCAUGGAGUCGUGACCUUCUCUCAGGCAAAAUUAAAUGGCAGUCACUGUCCUCAAUAAAAUACUUUUUUUUUUUUUUUU